AAGCACAGUUCGCAUUGAGUUGCAAAAGUGUAUCCAAUAUGAAUCUACUCAAGACAAUCGGUUUAGUGGCAUUACUAAUAGCCGCCGCCACGGCCAAGCCAAAGAGCAAAAAUAUUGCUGCGUCUACGGCGAGUCUGAAGCCAACUGAUUGGUUGUCCGCCGCCGAGUUGCGCGCGCUGCCCGCUGGAGAGGAUAUCACUUUACAACAAUUGGAGAAUAUGUCCGUGGAGGAAGGCGAACGAUUGAUUCAGAAAAUUUAUCACCUCUCGAAAAUCGAUCACACACUCCGCCCAACGUACGUGCCCAGCGCCGGUAAUGUGCCCGUGAUCCUAGUCAAGCCCAACAGCAAGAGCGUAGAAACAAAUCUCAACGAGAUGGUGCACCAAGCUAAGCAACAGCCCAACUUUGGUAGUCAGGAGGUCACCAUUAUCAUAACUGGUUUGCCUCAAACGAGCCCCGCUGUGGCAAAGGCCAAUAAGAAGUUGGUACAAGCCUACAUUCAACGUUACCAUGGACAACAACAACCCGUGCGUGGCAGCAAUAUGGACUAUGCAUCUGGCGAGCAGCAACAGGCUGCUACAUCAAGCGAGGAGGACUACAGUGAAUCGUGGAAGGAGCAAAAACAGAACCGUGGCGAUCUUGUGAUCAUCAAUUUGGGCGCCACCUUGACGAACAUGAGACGCUACGCUCUCUUGGACGUUGAACAAACCGGUGAGUUGAUCGGCAAAGCACUCGUCCAGCUGACCAAUGAAGUUGAUGUGCCACAAGAGAUUAUCCAUAUUGUUGGUCAGGGUAUUGGCGCACAGGUUGCUGGCGCUGCUGCCCGUCAAUACAAGCGUUUGACUGGUCAUAAAAUCCGUCGCAUCACCGCUUUGGACCCUGCCAAGUUGUAUGCCACCGAUAAGAAGGUGUUGACCGGUUUGGCUCGUGGUGAUGCUGAUUUCGUUGAUGCCAUACACACCAGCACCGGUGGUAUGGGCACACGGGAACGUGUCGGUGAUGUUGAUUUCUAUGUAAAUGGUCCAGCCGCUAUAGUGCCUGGUGCUGAUAAUGUCGUUGAGGCCUCCAUGCGUGCCACUCGCUACUUUGCCGAAUCGGUGCGUCCAGGAAAUGAGCGUAACUUUGCUGCUGUGCCCGCUAACUCGAAACGUCAGUAUGACAACAAUGAGGGUAAUGGCCGUCGCGCUUACAUGGGCAUUGCUACUGAAUAUGAUUUGAAGGGUGACUAUGUGCUCAAUGUGAAUGCCCAGAGUCCAUUCGGUAAGAGCGCUCCAGCUCAGAAGCAGACUCCUUAUCAUAGCUUGCAUCAAGCUUGGAGAAGCGACAAGUUGAGCAACAGCCGUUAUGAAUAAG